CCGUCACGCCAGCCGGCCGCAGCGGCGGGCCGCGGGGUUGCGCCACGAUGGCAGGCGCCGGCCCCGCCGCGAAGCUGCUCGUGUCGGGGCUCCCGGGCGACAUCACCGCCGAGGAGCUCCAGAUAGUGUUCAGCACCUAUGGCACUGUCACCGACGUCGCCAUCAAGGGCGAUGGCUCCGCGCACGUCACGUACAAGGAGACCAAGGCGGCGGAGGACGCCAUACAGGUGCUGCACAACAUCUACAAGAUCCGCCAGGACGCCGAGCACCCGAUCCAGGUCCGGUGGGCGCCUCCGCCAGCGACCGCGGCCAGGGCGACAGCGGGUGGGGCGGCAGAGGCGGGCGCGAGCGCGCGGAGGGCGAUACCGACCACAAGCUGUUCGUCGGGGGCCUGCCGUCCGACAUCAGCGAGGAGGAGUUGA